AUGGCGUUCGUUAUGAUGAGGAGAGAUAAAAAGGACGAGGAGGAUGGUGGUAAUCCAUUCAAGAAUAUUGAAAAAGCAACGGUGGUGCAGGAAGCUAGAACAUUUAAUGACCAACACAUCAAUACGCGAAAAUGUUGUAUGAUUCUGACCAAGCUGUUAUACUUGAUCAAUCAGGGUGAAAUACUUGCUACUGUGGAAGCAACAGAAACUUUCUUUGCUAUGACCAAGCUUUUCCAGUCUAAAGAUGUUACCUUGCGCCGCAUGGUUUACUUAACAAUCAAAGAAAUGAGUAAAUUGGCAGAGGACGUUAUUAUUGUUACAAGCAGUCUUACUAAGGACAUGAAUAGUAAGGAAGAUCUGUUUAGGGCUAGCGCUGUACGGGCGCUAUGCAUGAUUACUGAUGGCUCAAUGUUGCAGGGUAUUGAGCGUUACCUGAAGCAAGCAAUCGUUGAUAGAGAUCGCAGCGUAGCUAGUGCUGCUUUGGUUUCAUCACUUCACUUAAGUAGAGAGAAUUUUGAAAUUGUAAAAAGAUGGGUAAAUGAAGUACAACAGGCGACAUCGAGUGAUGAUCAUAUGGUUCAGUAUCACGCCCUUGGGCUCCUUUAUCAAAUAAAGAAAAACGAUAAAUUGGCUAUAACAAAACUUGUCUCAAAGCAAGCGCGUCAUUCCCUACGAUCACCGUUUGCUCAUUGCUUAAUGAUUCGUAUUGCAAGUAAAAUAAUUGAAGACGAUGAGGAUAGUAAGGGAAGUUCGCUGUACGAUUACUUGGAAAGUUGUUUGAGACACAAAAGUGAAAUGGUUGUUUACGAAGCUGCUAGGGCUAUAGUUAAUUUAAAAUCUGUGCAAUCUAAAGAUUUAUCUCCGGCUGUUUCCGGUAUAGUAAUAGAACAAGUUGCAAUUACUCAUCCGUUAUCAGUUACUACUUGUAACUUGGAUCUUGAAAAUUUAGUGACAGAUUCUAAUAGAAAUAUUGCUACAUUGGCUAUAACGACUUUGUUAAAGACUGGAAGCGAAGCAAGCAUUGAACGCCUCAUGAAGCAAAUUACUUCGUUCAUGUCUGAAAUUUCUGAUGAAUUUAAAACUGUAGUAGUAGAUGCAAUCAAAGCUCUUUGCUUAAAGUUUCCACGAAAACAUUUAACUAUGAUGAACUUUUUAUCCGCAAUGUUACGAGACGAGGGAGGGUAUCAAUACAAAAAAGCCAUUGUAAAUACGAUUAUUUCAAUUAUUGAAGAAAACAAGGAUGCUGCUGAAUCUGGAUUAGGACACCUAUGUGAAUUUAUUGAAGAUUGUGAACACACAUCAAUUGCCGUUAGAGUUCUUCAUCUUCUUGGAAAGGAGGGUCCUAAGACUUUAUCACCUUCCAAAUACAUUAGAUAUAUUUAUAAUCGCGUUAUUCUAGAAAACUCUCCUGUUAGAGCAGCUUCCAUUUGUGCUCUUGCCAAAUUGGGAGCUCAAGUCCCAUCUUUAAAGGAAAGCAUUGUAACACUGCUGAGCAGGUGUAUGACGGAUAGUGAUGAUGAAGUUCGCGAUAGGGCUACUUUUUGCGUUAAGAUUCUACAAGAGAACAGUCUUAACGUUUCUGUAUUUGGUCUGGAACGUGCUCUGAUGCACUAUGUCAAGACUGAUAUGGUGGAACCUUUCAAUCUUAAAUCCGUACCGGUCGCUAACACUCGUACAGAAUCUAAAGCUGAUGUACCAAAUGUUACUACUAUUCAGAAAUCAGCAACUGCGACUGCAUCGAAGCAAGAUCUAUUGGCUGAACAACUAGCUAGGAUACCACAGUUUGCAAGCUUGGGGCCCCUAUUCAAGUCUUCAGAUAAACCUAUCGAAGUUACCGAAUCUGAGACAGAAUAUGUUGUCCGUUGUGUAAAGCAUAUCUUUCAGAAGCAUAUUGUCUUUCAGUUCGACUGUACAAACACUUUGGAAGAUCAACUAUUGGAAAAUGCUUAUGUCGAAAUUGAACCGUCCGAUGAAUUUGAAGUCGAAUCUACAGUUCCUGUUGCAACAUUGGCUUUUAAUGUACCUGGCACAACUUAUACCUGUGUUUCAGUGCCUGAAGAUAUGGACUUGAUGACGGGAUCGUUUGUUAACACACUGAAAUUUGUCGUUAAAGAUUGUGAUGUCAACACAGGAGAGGCAGAUGAAGAAGGCUAUGAAGACGAAUAUGUGUUGGAAGAUGUGGAAGUAUAUCCUGCCGAUUAUAUGCAGAGGGUACUCAAAUCGAAUUUCGCAGCUUCAUGGGAAGAACUUGAUAGCGAACACCAAAGUGAAGAAACAUAUGUUUUAUCAUCAAUUAGUACAAUUGAAGAUGCUGUAAAAGAGGUUACAGAUUUAUUGGGAAUGCAGCCAUGUGAGCGAUCAGAUAAAGUUGCACGAGAUAAGAAUUCUCACACGCUAUUGCUAGCGGGUGUUUACGUUUCUGGAGAUGAUGUAUUAGCGCGCGCAAGGUUUGCUAUGGCUCAAGGACAAAUAACAAUGCUACUGACAGCUCGCAGUCAGAAUGAAACCCCGUUGGCUUUGGUUCAUAAGGCUGUGGGAUAA